AUGCAACAGGAGCAACCACAUCCAUCACCUAUGUCGGAUGUUGUGAAGCAAGAAGAAUCACAAAUCAGCUCAUCAUCGCCCGCUGCGUCAACACCAUCAGCAGCAGUAAACACAUUUACACCCGCAAAAAAGGAAUUGGAAUUUACGUAUCAAGAAGAUACUCCAACCCCUAGAUCUUACCUCGAUGCGACAGUGGUACCAACAUUAUUAGAGGGCAUGAAGCUACUGGCAUCAGAACGACCUAGUGAUCCAUUGGCUUUUCUCGGCCAUUUCUUACUUUCUCGAUCGAAUGAAGGAAAGCAAGAACCGUAA